AAUGUAUCACUCGAUGUUCAAACUUUGUCUCAAAGGUUAAAUAAAAGUGAAAUUUUAACAAAAACCAUGCAAGUUUUCAAAAAAGAUUUACUAAAUUUAACUAACGAAAUGUUAAAAAAUAGCUCAGCGAUAUUGGAACGUCAAAAUAUAAGCAUUCAACAACUGGAUGAAAGCAACAAAUUACAGUCAGAGACACAGUUAAAGACACUGAAGGAUUUACAAACAGCUGUAUCACUACUAAACAAAACAGACAUUGAUAUGGACGCCCAUUUGGAGGAGAUAAACAACACCAUUCAAAAUCUGAUUACUAAAUCAGAUCAAAUUGGUGUCCUAGUCAGUAGAUUACAUGGAUUUAUUGGCCCUGUGCUCAACGAAAGCGAACACUUAAAAUGUGCCAACAUGAACGAUCGUAUUUACUCGGACAUGACAGAGGCUGGAGUAGAUGUCAACAGAACAUUGUGUGAUAACAACACAGACGGUGGAGGAUGGAUUAUUAUACAGAGACGUAUCAAAGGUGAUGUAAGUUUUACAAGAACUUGGAACGAUUAUAAAAAUGGAUUUGGUUCAACAUCUGGAGACUUUUGGAUCGGAAAUGAUGUAAUUUCAAAAUUGACAGAUUUGGGUUAUAAUGAACUCAGAUUUGACAUGAAGUAUAAAGGUAAAGACUACUACGCUGUGUACAGAGGUUUUAAGGUAGAAAAUGAAGCAGCAAAGUAUAAGAUGAGCUUCACGUCAUUCAGUGGUGGGAAUGUUGGAGACUACUUUAGUCGUCACAAGGGCAUGAAGUUUACAACCAUUGACUCUGAUAACGAUGAGCGGCCAUAUGGCAACUGUGCUGUAGACAGGAGAGGUGGUUGGUGGUAUGAUGAUUGUCACACUGCUAACGUCAACGGUGAAUGGGCGAGUCGUGUUUUGUUAAAAGGAAUUCAUUGGUAUGGCAUUACAGGCAAUACUGACUCUCUAGACUUUGUUGAGAUGAAACUACGUCAAAUGUAAACAACCCGAAAACAUUGCUAUUGUAAAAUAAUGGAUAUACAGUAAUCAAAUUAUUUAUAUAAUCUUCAGGAACAUAAACAACAUUUCAUAUAUUAAAAUAAAUAGAUGUAAACAUUUCACUAAGGCAAUAUUUUCUUGAUGGUGAGUAUACAUAAGAAGUUUAAAAUUAACGAACAUUAAACCAAACAUUUUAUUUAAAAAAUGAUUUUAAAAACUACAACAGAGUUUGAUUUGCUAUCAUGAUGUAAUAAAGCCAUUUAUACGCUCAUCUGGAAUUGAAAUUCCUCAUAGAUUGACUGUGUGUGUGUUAGCCAUUAAAACAGGUGAAAAACGACUAUGAUGGUGUCAUUUAUUUCUUGCAUAUUUAUAACUAGACUAGUAGUGUAGUUGUCAUCUACCACUAUAUCUUUAAUUAGACAUUCACUCGGAUCGUGUGAAGUUCAACUCUAAUAACGUGUGUAAUGAUUGUGCAAUUUUUUCAAUAAUAUUUUUUCGCAUAGUUUUUCGAAAGAUGUUUAUAUGCCACCUAACUUCGCAUAAAGUAGAUAGUAACUGUUAAUUUGGGAUCUGUAAGGCUUUGUAUUAUAAAUGUGAACAUUUAAGUAAAUCCUAUGUUUAAGUAGUUAAUAUUUUAUCUAGUGUAUCUCAUAUCUAGCAUGUUUGUUUAUUCAGAAAUCUCUACUAUCACAUAUAAGUACAUAUUAGUACAAAAUAAAAGUUUAAUUCUUAAUAUUUUGUAUUACUGAGAUUGGAAUAUUCUUUUAUUAUCGUUUUCAAGGUAUAUAACCCUACUCUCACAAAUCAAGUGGGUAAUUUUAAUUGUUAUCUCCCGUGGACAAUUUAGUGUCGUUUGUGUUCCAUACCAUAGGCUAGAGAAAUUUCCAAUUACCUAAUUUUAUAAUUGUAUUUGUUUAGUAUGUUUACAUGGACAGAAUUAAUGGAAAGCAACUAUAUGCAUUUAUAUACAUCUUUAUUAUAUCGCUCACUUA